ACAGGUUUACUAAGGGACGAUUGCCUUCACGAAACUGAAGAAGUUACUGAGGCACUUCGCCGUUUACCUCAACAUGUAGUUGAUGAACGCAAUUAUCGUUUAGUUAGAGCUGUCCAAUUAUCCGUUACUAAAACAAUUUUACCAAAGGAGGAGUGGACAAAAUUUGAAGAGGACAAACUCUAUCUAACACCAAUUGUUGACCAAGUUAAAAAGGAAAAGCAAGAACGUGAAAACUGGGAAAAAAAAUAAUUAAAAUCAAAGUGUUAGUGCAUGAUUUUUUGUAGGUUUUAAGUGAAAACUGGGAAAAAAAAUAAUUAAAAUCAAAGUGUUAGUGCAUGAUUUUUUGUAGGUUUUAAGUGAAAAUGUUUUAAAUCAAUGAAUAAAACUCUUAUUUAUUA